AUGGCUCACGCACUGGUCUUUGGCGCCUCCGGAAUCACCGGCUGGGGCGUCGUUAACGCCUUGUUGAGCGACUAUCCAUCCGCGGAUGCCUUCGAGCGUGUCACUGCCUUGACCAACAGACCUCUCUCGGUGGAGGACUCGCAGUGGCCUGCGUCGAAGAAGCUGUCGGCCGUCUCUGGGCUGGAUCUCUUGUCGGGCGACCAGGCUUCUUUGGAGGAAUCCAUUCGCCAGCGCGUCCCGAAUAUUGAAUCCGUCACACACCUCUAUUUCUUCGCAUACCUUUUUAACCCCGACCCCGAGAAGGAGAUUCAGAUCAACGUCGACCUGCUGAGGAGGGCUGUGACCGCAGUAGACAAUCUGAGCACCAAGCUGUCCGUGGUCGUUAUCCCCACUGGAGUAAAGACUUAUGGAGUCCAUCUUAUAGACAAAUUCCCGUUCGGAGACAAGCUGCCCCUGAAAGAGACUCUGCCGCCUAUUCCUGAGCCGUUCAAGUCGCAGCUUUUCUACUACCCCCAGAUCGACCUGCUGCAACGGUUGUCCGCCGAUAAGCCCUGGACGUUCAUCGAUGUCAUUCCUGACAUUGUGGUGGGCUUCGUCCCGAAUAAUAAUGCUUACUGCCUGGCGCAAUGGCUGGCUUUGUAUCUCAGUCUCGUCGCUGAAAUCCACGGCAAGGGAACUGAGGUAGCCUUCCCCGGCAAUAGCAAGAGCUGGACCAUCAAGAGCAACGACAGCAGUCAGGAUAUCAUUGGCCGGUUCACCGUGUAUGCCAGUCUACAUCCAGAGAAUACAGGGGGCCAGAGAUACAAUGUCGCCGACAACGCCCAAUGGUCGACCUGGUCCGCCAAAUGGCCCAUUAUCUGCGAGUACUUUGGCCUGCGAGGUGUGCCGCCGCCUGCCCAGGGGUCUGGACCGAACCCCAGUGCAUACGUACAGGAGAACAGCGAGAAAUGGUUUGAAAUGGAGAAGAAAUACGGACUGAAGAGUGGCAGGGUGGGAAAUGACCGCAGCUUGACUGUUGUGCCCAACUUCCUCAUGGGCCAGUUUGACUUUGACCGGGAGAUCGAUGCCACCAAGAUGCACGAGGCAUGGGGCGCUGCAAAGGAGGAGAUAGACAUCCAGGGGGGCUGGCAUACGGCCUUUGAUCGAUUCCGUGCAGCCAGAAUUAUUCCUUAG